AAUUAUAAUUAUAAUCGCACGAGAGAUAAAAAUAACAAUUUAUUCCACCGUUAUACAGACUUUUUUACCACAUUUUUUUAUUGUUUACCAACGAGUUUUCGGCGCUAUGUCCACUGUAAUUAGUUUGCGGCACAGCUCACUGUCACGGCAUAGUCUGCUGCAGAUCACAGCUGCUUAUGCUGCGACUCGGCGAGUUGACGCAACAAGUGCGCAUUGCACCUGCACACACAAACAUAAACAUAACCUCCUAUUCAAAUGCUGUUUUUGUUUACAUUUCUGGUGUAAUUUAUUUUUAUUCCAUUCGGGUUUACACAUGUAUUUUUGAUAAAAGUAAUGAAGAAGAAGAAAUGUGGCAACAGGUGCUGUGUCCCGACUUGUGAAUUUCCAGACGAUGGUACUUUGACGUACCAUCAGUUCCCUAAAGCUGGCACGAAAGUGGUGAUUAAAAAUGCCCAGGGGCAGGCAUUUUAUUGUGAUCGGCGGAAAAUAUGGGAGGACCGCGUUGGGGCGGAUUUUGCAAUUCACAAAACUUCGAAAGUGUGCUCUAUCCACUUUGCAGAGGAAGACUAUUGUUUAAAAUCAAGACAACAAAUUGGUAACAGACGGUUGUUGCAAACAGCUGUGCCAACUCUAUAUCUACCUGACGAGGAAAAUAGUGCUUUUACAAAGUUCAAACAGAAACCAAAAUUGUUAGGAGAAGUCGUUGUGAACGACAACAGCACACCAAUCCGCAGACGUUUACGGUUACGAACAAAAAGAUCAAAAUCUCAGAAUGAUCCACAAGAAGAUCAAAUACCCUCGGAACGCAUUGUUAGUCCAGGUCUAGAAAUAAACCGUCAAGAUACAAACGAAAAAAGCCAAAAAUUGACUCCAAAUUUAGAAUCAAGAGCAACUCCAGCAACUAUUCCGCAAGAAUUGUCCUCUGAACCUCCAAAAAAUGCCCUCCAGAUGGCAGAAAGUGCAAUAUUCGAAACCAUCGUGAUAUUUAAAACCGAAGACGUAGAAAUCACCGAAAAUGACGUGAAAGAAGAAAUCAAGACCGAAGAAAUCAAAAGCGACAACACAGAGCACGAAAAAGAAGCGUUCCUAGACAUGGUCCUAAUGCAAACGAGUUACGAAAUGGAGAAGUUUACGUCAGGUACUUACAGUACCUUAUCCUACUUAUAAAAUCGUAAUUAAAAAUGAUGCCAAAUACUGACCAAAUUUUAUUAUAGAAUGACAGUAAUACAAUGUAAGCAAUACUAGUAUUUAAGUACAAUCCAGUAUUAAAUUUAAGUACUUGUCA